GAAAACAAAAGCCCUAAACAAUGCUUGAGGGAAGGACACUGUAGGAGUUUGCAAAUGACAUUUUUUGCAUGCAAAAGAUCAAUGUUGGAUACCAGGGCAAGAUUCAGAGGAAGGAAGGGAUACUGAAGUCCUCAUGAAGAGACCCAGCCAUGGGAAAUCAGGGUUCAUCAGUGCUUUAAGCAAAACAGAGACUAAAGUAAGAUGAUUGUAUCUGCGGCAUCCUUUCAUGCGGUAUUUUCAUGGAAGGUAUCUACUCCUGAGUUAUUCAGUAGAUUGAUGUGGAUGUGCAUUUAAAUGUUAAAAAGAGGGCAAGCAUAAAACUGCAAGUUCUGGCCAAAAUGGGUACUUGUCAUGCACUUGCAAUCAAAUAUGUAAAAUACAGAUUAAGCUGCAGAAGUU